GGAAAUAUAUAUUAAAAAAAGAAAAAUUGAUUUUUAAAAUGGAUCUCUCUCCCGCACUCUUCUACCACCACCACAUUCCAUAAUUGCACCCAGAGCGCCAGCAGUAACAAACACCCCACCCCACCCCCACCACCACCAUUAGAUACACUCAUCACUGUACGUAUAUGUGUCUAUGUAUAUUCACAUACAUGUUUAUACACACAGGAGAAGCUACUACUCGUUCUGAGCUGCUUUUAGAGAGAGAGAAAGAGGAUUUGGAUUUUUGAUUUUGGCAGAAGCUUCUUCAACUUCGAUGCUGCACUUCGGAAAAGCUUGGUGACAGAGGGGAAAAAUUAUUGAGCAUGAAGGAGACUGACAAGAAAAGGGGUCCAAUUAACAAAGAGAAAAGUCGUUCUGCGAGAUCUGAUACUAAGGAUCGUAAAGUGCAAGAAAAGAAAGGUGGCAGAAACUUGAAAGCAAAAGAUAUGGAUGUCAAACCUUCUUCCAAUGAACAGAACAACGGCACGUUAGUAAGUAGUUUAAAAAAUGGCACACAGCUCUCGGAAGUUAAUGAAGAUGCCAAUAGGUCUGAUGAAACAUUGCAUAACACCAAAACACUAAAAGUGAAUGAUAAUAAUUCAAGUGAUAUGGAGGUCGUGGAUGAAUCUGAUGUCGAGACUAGUAUUGAUUCAGUUUCUUCUCAAGGGGACUCACAAACGAAUGCUGAAGAGGAGAAAGCAGAAAAAGUUAUCACGGCUCCCAAAAAGGUUGUCAUAACAGAGAAUCUACAGACAACAGCAUCUAAAGAAACACCAACGAAAGUGGCUCAACCUGAAAAAACUCUUUCCAAUUCAAAUGCCAGGAGUUCAUCCGAUAAUUUGAAAAACAUGAAAGUCCAUCCAAAGCCUCUGUCUGAUUCUUCGGAAGGGGUGGAUUUACUGGAUGAGGUUCCGAAUGCUACUCAUAGUGUGUGUAGUGACGACGAGGCGGUUAAUACGGAGGAAAAUGACAAGAAGGAAGAGCAGGCUGCAUUAGAUCGAAGGAUUGAGGAAAUGGAAACGAGGAUUAAGAGUCUUGAAAGUGAACUAAGAGAAGUUGCAGCUCUUGAAAUUGCACUUUAUUCUGUGGUACCCGAGCAUGGAAGCUCUGCACACAAGGUACAUACACCUGCGAGGCGCCUUUCGAGACUCUACAUUCAUGCAUGCAAAUACUGGUUGCAAGACAAGCGAGCUACUGUUGCUAGAAACACCGUUUCUGGUAUUGUUUUAGUUUCCAAGUCCUGUGGUAAUGACGUUUCCAGGUUGACUUUUUGGUUGUCAAACAUUGUUGUUCUGAGGGAGAUUUUAUCUCAAGCAUUUGGGAGUUCCUGUAACUCCGCAAAAGUAUUCGAGUCCUAUGGAAGUGAAAAGAAGUCUUCACCACCUAAACGAAGGAAUAGUAGUGCAAGUAAACAACUGAAUAAGCAGGGAUUCUUGCAAUUUAUUGAUGACUGGCAAGAAACGAGAACUUUCACUUCUGCCUUGGAGAAAGUGGAGUCUUGGAUAUUCUCACGGAUAGUCGAGUCUAUAUGGUGGCAGACUCUGACACCUAAUAUGCAAUCACCCGAUGGUGAUUCCGUUACAAACAAAGGUGCUGAUAGGUUACUUGGUCCAGCUCUCGGUGACCAUAAACAAGGAAACUUCUCCAUUAACCUUUGGAAAAAUGCGUUUCACGAUGCUCUCAAAAGACUUUGUCCUGUUCGAGCGGGAGGGCACGGAUGUGGAUGCUUGCCUGUUUUGGCAAGGAAGGUGAUGGAACAAUGUACUGACAGGCUAGAUGUUGCCAUGUUCAAUGCUAUUCUACGUGAAUCGGCGCACGAGAUUCCUACCGAUCCUGUAUCCGAUCCAAUUGUGGACUCCAAAGUUUUGCCAAUUCCUGCUGGAGAUUUGUGUUUUGGGUCUGGCGCACAGCUAAAAAAUUCCGUUGGCAAUUGGACGAGAUGGCUGUCUGAAUUUCUUGGCGCGGAUGCUAAUAGUUCUGCAAAGGACGAAAAUAGAAGUCUCGAGGGUACUGAAGAACCGAAAAGCUUCACACUUCUUAAUGCAUUGAGUGACCUUCUAAUGCUUCCCAAAGAUAUGCUCAUGGACCGUAAUAUCAGAAUGGAGGUGUGCCCGUCAAUCAGUCUUCCGUUAGUUAAGCGAGUGCUGUGCAAUUUCUCUCCCGAUGAGUUCUGCCCUGAUCCUGUUGCAGGUGCUGUUUUAGAGGCUAUAAAUGCUGAGUGCAUUAUAGAGCGUAGGGUGUUGGGGAACCCCUCCAGUAGCUUUCCCUACAGUGCUGCGCCGAUUGUGUACACGCCUCCUUCCUCUGCUGACGUGGCAGAAAAAGUUGCGGAGGCGGAUGCAAAUGCUGUGCUUUCGAAGAGUGCAUCAUGCGUGCAGAGAAAGGGAUACACUAGUGAUGAAGAGCUGGAUGAAUUGGAGGGCUGUCUGAACAAAUUGCCAUUGUCUCCCACUGCAGCAGCUGUUGGAAGUGGCGAUCGGAAAGAAGCGGGUUACGAUGGAGCCAACGCUAGGUAUGAUCUUCUUCGUGAGGUCUGGCAAGCCACUUAAGACUGAAUACUUAGCAACAACUGUCUUUUUCUUUUCUUUUUUGGUUUUUUUUCUAUGAAAAGAAGGUAAAUAUGGAGCGAAAAACUCUGAAAAUAUAUAGAAAACGCAAUUUCACUGUAGCAACAUUAUGAAGAAUUUCUUCUAAAAAAAUAUAUAAUAAUAAAUAAUCAUACGAAAAAAAAUUCAUCACU